GUUGCCAGGUCGCGUUGGACGUAAAGCGUAAUUCAAGUUCCUGUUGUCGUUUCGAAUGCAACACCUUAACCUUGAUCGGAACCUUAAGCUGGAGUCCGAUAUACCUAUCAAAGGCCACCCACUAGACCGCAGCACGGGCUUUGCCAGCAUUCCCUGUAUACUGUAUCUGCUUGCUGUAGGCAACGACGCCUCGCGCCUAUCCACGGGCAACCCUGGACUGGGAAGUUUAUCUUAGAUGCCGCCCCAGAACCUCAUCGCGCUGCCUCAGCGUGUGGCUGCCAUCGUAACCUGCGACCUGGUGCGCCUGCCGCCCGGCUGCAGCGGCUCCUCCCCCGCUGCUGCCCCCGCCCCCGCUGCUGUCCAGCCGCUGGGUCGCUGCCGUGUGUGUGUGAUGGCGGACAGCCCCGGCGCGGUGGCGCAGCAGGUGGCGGCGGCGCUGCGCAGCGUCCCGGGCAACACGGUGCUGCGGCUCGCCCACCUGCACGAGUAUGAGGUUCAGGAGGUGCGGGUGGUGGCGGAGGGCGCCCCCCCGCAGCCUCUCCCGCCCGGCCCCGCCUGGCCCCCGGGCACCCGCAGCCUCCAGCUGAGCGCCACUGUCAGGGUGACGUCUAACAUACCCCGGCUCCUCUCCGUGCAGCUCAGCCGGCUGGCCGCCAGCUGGGUGCCGCGGGGCAGCGCGUACGACACCGUCCUGCACCGCGUGGUGUGCGAGUGCGGGGAGUGCAGGAGGGCACGGAGGACCCGCGGCGACCCGCCUCCCACCGAC